AAUAAAAAUAACUGUUGGUGAUGGGUGUAACGAGUGACGACGCGACAACGACUGUUCGACGUCAAAAAACAUUCAAACAUGCCCGGAAACGAACGAAGGAAAUUUUUAGGUGCCGAUGAUGCGAGAACAGAAACAUCGAUGCCUUGCAGUCGAUCGAAAAUCACGGUAGGCAGUCCUAAGGUUUGGUACUGACCAUUCAGACGACUCUUUCAAGUAUUUCAAUUUGAUCAGUGUUGCGUACUAAAAGAUCGUACGACGUUCCAACCACAACCACCGCCCGAGUUGUUCGAGAAUGAGGCUUGCAGCUGCGUCGUGUUCGCGUCGCAACGCAUCGCAGCGGCGGUUCUGCCGUUGCCUGCUGGUGUUUUUGUUUGCCCUUGUUGCCCCGGAUUCCUUCUCGGGAUUCCUGCCGAUGCCAUUCUCGACGACGGCUUCGCCAUCGAACGGACGGCUCUUCGGCCUGGUCCCCGCUGCGUCCGCGUGGGAGUGGACGGACUACAUCGCGGGAGGAGAGAACAGCGGUGGGGCCAACACGCUGACGGACUCGGAGAUCUCGGACCUCCGCGUCCGGGACAUCAAGCGGCGGCUGGCUCGCUCCCACGGGUAUGCCGCCGAUGAGCUGGCUAGAAUGCUGGACAAGAAAGACCUGAUGGCCGCGCUGUCCAGGGAAGAAACGAAAGUGAGAAAGAAACACCGGGGCCAGCAGCAGAGAAAGCUCUUUUGGAGAGGACUGUUCGUAGCACUCUUGUGUGUGGUAGCCGUCGUCGGGUGGCCGCUGUGGGUUCAGCUGUCAGAGGUUAUGGCGGUCAACUGGCAGGUGUAUUACGACCGAAAACGGCACGAGAUCAGCCAGUGCGUGGAAUUUCGCAGUGUCAAGGGAUCGUUUGGGGUGCUCUUGCUAGGAGUCCUCGACGGCAUUCGGUUCUGGCUAUCGAUGACCGUGCUGCUCUCGUGGGUGCUUCCAUCAGAAUCCCCCUACCGCAGGUACAUGUUUCCGAUCCCCUCCCUCCCAAUCCGGCCGGGGCAAUUCAUGGGGGACAAGAUCGCCAACGGACCCAUGGGCAGAUACGGGAUCAACGCGGCCCCGAUGGCGAUCACCUGGUCCAUGGGCUUUGUGCGGUCGAAAAUCGAGUACUGGACGGGAAAGGCACUCUCGGCGUCGGCCAAACGGAGGAGGAAGGAAGCCMGAUCGGCCGAGACCAGCGAGGAACGAAAGGCCCGCAAGGCCGCAAAGAAAGCCGCCAAGCGAGAGGCGGCCGAAGAACGGGAACGGAAACAGCAAGAGGCCUGGAAAGCAGAGAUGGAGAGGCGGAAAGAGAUGGCGCAAAAGGCGUCCGAGCAACUCUAUGGCAACGGCAACAGGCAACCGGCGAAAGAAGAACCCGAAACGGAAAACGAGCCCCCGACAAGUAACGGUGACUACGACGACGCCAAGCGGGAGUUUGAAUCCGACAUGGACGAUAUCAAUGACUUAGAUUAAGCUACGUUUUAUGGUUAUGUAAUGCUAAA